AUGACGCAGGAUUUUACGAAAAUGAAAGGUGUACGGUCAACAUGGCAUCUGUCGUCUGGAUUGAUGCAUGAUUUGCAAUCUACGAGAUCAUUCCACAUUUUGGACGCCCCAACUCAGGGCUCUGUUUGCUCCUCUAAGUCGGUGUCGUCUGAGACCAUCCACGACUCCCAUCACCAUCAGUCUCCUUUAGAAAGCAUACAGGAGCUAGAAGCAAACGAGGAAGUCGCUCCGCAUGCUUCUAUGACCAUGGAGGAACACCAAGUCACGGCGGAUGUUUCCGGGAUGGGCUUCCAGUUUUCCCCGUCAGUGGUCUGCUUUCCUUGCUUGCUGAGUAACAACUCUCAAUGUGACGGCCAAAGCCCUUCAUGCUCCCAAUGCCUACAGUCUGGCUUGAACUGCGAAGAACAUGUUCCUUUCUUGACGGGGGGCGAAAUGUGCCUGGAAACUUUUCCUUAG